CUCCUCCCUCCCAGACUCCCUCCCCACUCUCCCGCCAUUCCCGGGGGUAAGAGACCAGGCUGCUAGCUAGGGAAGUGCUCUUUUCCUUGCAGGGAAUCGCUGACACCCGCCUCCCUGAAUCCGUACUCCUCACAAAGGGCUUAUUUUUAUAAGUUUUGGCACCUGCUGAGUUGGGCCCCAAAGGGCAGCAGGGGUCGAGCAGGACCACAGCGACGCACCCCUCGCCUGGCAGGGGACCAGAGAGGGACCGGGGAGGCCAUCCGGCCUUAGGAUCCUUCCUGUCCCGCCUCCCCGGGCGUCCCGCUCCGCCCCACAGCCAAUCGUAGCCGGCAGCCGCCCAGGCCUCAGACCUGGGUCCUCCGGAGGCGGCUGCUCCUGGAGGUUGCAGAGGGGCGGGAGGUGGAGCCCAGGGCUCAGCCACUGAAGAAAGAAACCAAGAUGAAUGCACAGCCUGAGAGGAAGUUUGGCGUGGUGGUGGUCGGUGUUGGCAGAGCUGGCUCCCUGCGAAUGAGGGACUUGCGGAGUCCACAUGAGUCCUCGGCACUCCUGAACCUGAUUGGCUUCGUGUCCAGACGGGAGCUUGGGAACAUUGAUGGCGUUCAGCAGAUUUCUUUGGAAGAUGCUCUCUCCACCCGGGAGGUUGAAGUUGCCUACAUCUGCAGUGAAAGCACCAGUCACGAGGGCCACAUCAGGCAGUUCCUUGACGCCGGCAAGCACGUCCUCGUCGAGUACCCCAUGACGCUGUCUCUGGUGGCAGCUCAGGAGCUGUGGGCCCUGGCGGAGCAGAAAGGAAAAGUCUUGCACGAGGAGCAUGUGGAACUCUUGAUGGAGGAAUUUGCAUUCCUGAAAAAAGAAGUGGUGGGAAAAGAGCUGCUGAAAGGAUCCCUUCUCUUCACAGCUGGCCCCCUGGAAGAAGAGCGGUUUGGCUUCCCUGCCUUCAGUGGCAUCUCUCGCCUGACCUGGCUGGUCUCUCUCUUUGGGGAGCUUUCUCUUGUGUCUGCCACUCUGGAAGAGCGGAACCCGCUGUCAUGGAUUGAAGAGAAAGGGCCUGGUCUAAAACGAAACAGAUAUUUAAGUUUCCAUUUCAAAUCUGGGUCCCUGGAGAAUGUGCCAAAUGUGGGAGUCAAUAAGAACAUUUUUCUGAAAGACCAAAAUAUAUUUGUCCAGAAACUCUUGGGCCAAGUCUCUGAGAAGGAGCUGGCUGCUGAAAAGAAACGCAUCCUACAUUGCCUGGCACUGGCAGAAGAAAUCCAGAAGUUCUGCCACUCAAAGAAGUAAGAGAAGGAAGUGACAUGGUGCCUCCCAAAUGAAAACAGAGUUUGGGUUUCAUCAAGAGUUGACCUUUAGUUCUGUUCUUCCAGUGGAUUGGGUAAACAGAAUUCACCUAAUCUUAUGAGCUGUGUUGCUGUGCUGUUUUGGGCUGAGGUUGUGCAGUAAGAGUGAGGAAAGAACUUAUCAUAGUGGACAUGAGCUAAGAGCUUCCUAUGUAUGAUUUCAUUUACUCUUCCCAACAGCCAUAGCAGACAGGCAUGACAUGUCCUGUUUCCUUUGAUGUACUGGAAAACUUUGUUUGAAGUCAUUCAGACAGUAAAUAAAAGUGGACUUUCAAGCCUA